AUGGCCACUGCUCACCCCGUCGACCCCGUCGCGCCCGCAGACAUUCUCGCUCGUCUCCCUGGCCACUGGAAGGCGGCAAAGGAGAGCGGCGACCUCAUCUUCUUUGAGUCGUCGACACGCUAUGUCGGUGACAGGCAGAAGGUUGCGGUCACCAUCUGCCCCGCCCUUGGUGCCAAGAUGGCCGACAUCAUGCCUCCCGCUCCUGAGCCCGAGGCCAAGCGCGUGCGCACCGACGCGCCCGAGAGGCCCUCGCCCUUCCGUCCCCCUUACGUCGCUGGCCUGUACGUUGGCUGCGUCCCCGGCAUCGACGGCGAGGAGACCAUGAGCGUCUUGCUGAACAAGUUUGCGGUCCUCCCCGAGCACUUCCUCCUGUGCCCCGUCAGCGAGCAGCCCCAGAACGUGCCUCCCACGCCUGCUCAGCUUGCGCGCGUCUACUCGAUUCUCCAGGCUGGCCUGCGUAGCUCGCCUCCCCGCCGUCUCUUUGCCUUCUACAACGGUGGACCCGGCGCCGGCGCGUCCCAGCGCUGGAGGCACGUUCAGUUCAUUGACGGCCCGGCCCCCGUCGAGGAGUGGAUGCACGGCGUCACUUUUGAGCGUAACGACCGCGCAAUCAUCCACCCCGACCUCCCCUACCUCCACAUUGUCCACCCGCUGCCCCCCGUCUCAAGGCUGCCGUACCCUCCCUCGGAGGACGACCUUGUCAACCUCGCCGACGAGCUCGCCCCGGCUCUCAUGCGCUCGCUGGACCUCGCAUUCGACGCUCUCCGCCGCAGUGGUGGCGACAGGAGCCAGGGCUGGAACCUCUUGCUCACGACCGAGCACCUUCACCUCAUCCCCCGCUCGGCGCCCCAGUACCCUCUCGCCGAGGGCCUGCCCCCUCUGGACCUCAACGCGCUCGGCUACGCCGGCAUGCUCCUUGUCAAGUCCAAGGAGGAGGACGCGGCCCUCGACGCCGUCGCGGCCAACACUGAAGGCGGCAUCAUUGGUAUCCUGGGCAAGUGUGCCAUCCCGCGCGAGUUUGGCGAGCAGGCCCUCCAGGCCGAGGCGACGCAGCACGGCGGUGCCGGUUCGCUUGAUGUCGAACCCAAGGCCAAGAUGUAG